AAUAGAAGUCAUCUGCAAAGAUCAGGAGAAGAUGUAAAGAAGCAACUGCUUGAAACGCUGUAAAGAGGAAUUUAUCUAUGCUAAACCAUCAGAAUGUGUUCCGUAAUUACUACGCUGGCCGUGUUGGCAGUGACUCACAUUAUGUUAGGGCUGAUCUCAUUCGGCGUUGGAGCUAUAUCCUCAUCUAGGGCCGUAAUGUGGUUAGCCCAUACCGUGUCGCCAGUCUGGAGCGGAGCAUGUUUCAUAAUUUGCGGAGUGCUCGGUUUGGCAUGUGCGAAGAGGAAAACAGCAUAUAUGAUUAUGUGUUUCACUGCAUUUUCAUUCGUGAGUCUCAUCACAGCAAUUGUUAGUAUUCAGCUUCUUCGGAUAGGACUAGUGAAUCACACAUCGGAUGGUCAAACUUAUGCAAAGGAGAAACAAGAUAUACUCAUUAUACUGGCAUUGACAACGGCAGGUUUGGAGUGCGUGAACAGCAUCGUCUCGUCAUUUAUGAGUUGCCUGGUAGCCAGGAUGCUAAAGAAGAAAACACUGAAAGGAAGGAGAGAGCGUUACGUCACGCGAGAGCAGUUGCUUCAGCAGAGACAGGCUCAGAUAAGAGAGCAACAAGCUGAUGAAGAAAGGAAACGAGAAGAGGAAAGGCGGAGAAUGGGAAUAAAACUGUGAAAAAUGUCACGAUUGAAGUUAAUUUUAAGAACUGUGUGACACUGUUCGCCAUAAAUCGAGACGAAUUUAUGAGCGAUGGAAAACGUGAAGCAAUAUAAGCACAUGCAAACGUCCGUUCUGUUGACAUAGCAGUCGUCGAAUUGAAACAUCUUACAUAAAUCCUUUGGAGAACGUAAUUAUGCAGAAGGGAGCGUAUGUCCUGCUUCUGAUCUAAUUGCCGUGUUUCUGUUUAAAAUGACGCCCGUGCAGACGACAUUGGAUUCCCGCCAGUAUUGAACGGAAGUGACGAAAAUUUCAUAGAACAAAAAACACUGAGCUGACAAUGGCCAUAGGUGCUAAACUAUUUUGUCAAUAGAUAUUAUAAGAGAAAAACUCUUUAGACAAUACCAUUGUUUAUUUAU